CCCACAACCGUCUCACUUUUCAUGUAGCGCUCUUGAACUCGCUACGUCGCCUUUUACUGCACGGUUUUGCCAGUGAUUUCACGGUAACUGAUCGUUUCACGUGCACUCCCAUUUUUCACAUCAUUUCGCUCCUCUGGCCACUUUCCUCAUUUAUGCUGCAGGCAGUCGGUGGGCUACUUCUCUAGUUUACCUUUAAAACGGAAAGUGUUUUAAUGAGAUGCAAAUUGCCCUGCAGUUGAUGUUGCGCGUUGCUACUUUUACAGAAGUUUCUUCAGUUUCAGUAUAGCAUUUUCCCCUGCCGCAUCCUGGCUUGAGGUUGCGUGCAGCGCGCGACGGAUUUAAUGGAUUAAUUUUGACAUCUUCACAGUUCUCACACAACUGCCUUAUACUCUUGUUUGUUUGGAGGCUUCUCUGUAAGGGUUUUUUUUUUAAAAAAUGAGCGAAAUAAACACCGAGGAGGACAGUCAACAAGAAAACGGGGUUCUCAGCAGCAGGGACUCGGACCGUCAGCUUCGCCAGAGGCUGUUCGUUUUAAACGAGAUAUUGAGCACUGAACGGGAUUACGUGAGAAACUUGUCAUUUCUGCAGUCGGCUUUUCUCCAGAGAAUAAGGCAGACUUCAGAAAACCAACAAUGUCUCACUCCAGAGCAGGUCAAGAUCUUGUUUUCCAACAUCGAGUCCAUUUUGGAAGUCCAUUGCGAGUUUCUUUCGACCCUGGAUGCCAGUUUGCAGCCUGAACCCCAGGCGCACCAUUCUCUCGGGCAUGUGUUCCUCAAGUUUAGGGACCGUUUCUCUGUGUAUGGCGAGUACUGUAGUAACCAUGAGAAAGCUCUCAGACUACUGAUGGAGCUUAACAAGAUCCCUCACAUACGGACUUUCCUGCUGCACCUCAUGUUGUUAGGAGGAAAGAAGAGCACAGAUGUUCCUCUAGAGGGGUAUCUCCUCUCACCCAUCCAGAGGAUCUGUAAAUACCCUUUGCUUCUGAAGGAACUUUUGAAGAGGACCCCUAAGAAGCAUUCAGAUUACCCCGCGGUAGAGGGGGCUCUGCAGGUCAUGAAAGCUGUGUGCUGCAACAUCAAUGAGACCAAGCGACAGAUGGAGAAACUAGAGGCUCUUGAGAUAUUACAGUCACACAUAGAGGGCUGGGAGGGGACGAACUUGACUGAUAUUUGCACCGAACUGUUGCUCCAAGGCAACCUUUUGAAGAUAUCAGCUGGAAACAUCCAGGAACGGGUCUUCUUCCUGUUUGACAACCUCCUAGUCUACUGCAAGAGGAAGUCCCGAGUGUCUGGGAAGAAAUCCACCAAAAGGACGAAAUCCAUGAAUGGGCCGCAGUACAUGUUCAGAGGGCGCAUCAACACUGAGGUCAUGGAGGUCGAGAAUGUGGAAGACGGAACUGCGGACUAUCACAGUAACAACUACACGGUGACCAAUGGCUGGAAGAUUCACAACACGGCCAAAAACAAGUGGUUUGUGUGCAUGGCCAAGAAUGCUGAGGACAAGCAGAAAUGGCUGGACGCCAUUUUAAAGGAACGCGAACAGAGAGAGAGUUUGAAGCUUGGGAUGGAGCGUGAUGCUUACGUCAUGAUCGCAGAGAAGGGAGAAAAGCUCUACCAUAUGAUGAUGACCAAGAACCGCCACCUCAUCAAAGACCGUCGCAGGAAACUCACCACUGUACCCAAAUGCUUCUUGGGAAAUGAGUUUGUCUCAUGGCUCUUGGAGAGUGGAGAGAUCAGUAAGGCUGAGGAGGGAAUCAACCUGGGUCAAGCUCUCCUGGAGAAUGGCAUCAUCCAUCAUGUGUCAGAUAAGCACCAGUUCAAGAAUGAGCAGGUGUUGUAUCGGUUUCGGUAUGAUGACGGCACUUAUAAAGCCAGGAGUGAAAUGGAGGACAUCAUUUCAAAGGGAGUGAGACUUUAUUGUCGUCUCCACAGCCUCUUUACACCUGUUAUCAAAGACAGAGAUCAUCAUUUGAAAACCUUCAAAUCUGUCAUACCAGCUAGCAAACUGGUGGAAUGGCUUGUGUCACAGGGUGACAUCACAACCCGUGAAGAUGCAGUGACCCUUGGUGUCGGACUCUGCAAUGCUGGCUUCAUGCACCACGUACUGGAGAAAAGCGAAUUUAAGGAUGAGUCACAGUUUUUCCGCUUCUAUGCCGAUGAGGAGACCGAGGGUACGAGCUCCAAGAGUAAACAGCUUCGCAGUGACUUCAAACUCAUCGAGAACAUCCUUGCCAAAUCUUUAGUGAUCCAUCCUGAAGAGGAGGACUAUGGGUUUGAGAUUGAAGAGAAGAACAAGGCCAUCAUAGUGAAGAGUGUGGCCAGGGGCUCAUAUGCAGAGAUGGCAGGCCUUCAGCCGGGUAGAAAGAUCUACUCCAUUAAUGAGGACCUGGUGUUCCUGAGGGCCUUUUCUGAGGUGGAGACCAUGAUCAACCAGUCCUUCUGUAUACGCCGCUCUCUUAGAUUGCUGGUGGCCACCAAGAACAAAGAGAUUGUGAAGAUCCCAGAUGUUCACGGCACUCUUCCUUUUGUUCUCUGCGGUUCUUGUCCACCUUAUGUUCAUGCAGUGAAGAAAGGCUCUGAGGCAGCAGCAGCGGGUCUUCAGCCUGGUCAGUGUGUGCUUAAAGUCAACGGCAACAACAUGAACCAGAGCAGCUACCAGGAAGUCCUCGAGCACUUUAGUGGCCAUCAGCCUGUCCUGGAGCAGCAAGACCUUAGCUGUGGUCAGUGGGCAUACCGUGUGUAUGAGGAUGUGGAACAGAUGUCUUUCAGGGGGUGUGAGAAUGGCUCAGAUUCAGAGGAUAGCUGCACUAAUGGAACAGGCUCUGUAAGAAGGCUGGAACAGUUGUCCAUCACUGACGAUGUUCCUUCAGUCAGUCUGAAUGUGGAUAAUGUUCAUGUGGAACAUGGGGUUGUGUACGAGUACGUCAGCACAGCAGGAAUCAAACACUGUGUGCUGGAGAAGAUGGUGGAACCCAAGGGCUGCUUCAUCCUUGCUGCAAAGAUACUGGAGGCCUUUGUGAAGGACGACAGUCUGUUAAUAAAGAGCUGCCGGCAGCUAAUGGCUCAGAAUGAGAAGGUGGUGACCAUGCCACAGUUUGAGUUUCGAAACAUCUGUGACACCAAGCUGGAGAGCAUAGAAAAACGCAUUUGCAGCUACAAACAGUUUGUGGAGGAAUUGCAGACAAAGGCCUGGCCCAUGUUUAAGCAGGCGAGCACUAAACCUCAUGUUCUGGGCUGCAUGGACUUCGUCCCCACCAACUGUCAUCUGAACCUGAUGCAGGUGUCCUGCCCCAAGAACACCACCUCAGCAGGCCGAACUUUCAGCAUCCGCUUCGGACGCAAGAACUCCUUCUUUGGUCUUGAUCCUGAUCAAGUCAAUCUGAAUCCCAUGUCCCACGCCGUGCAUUGUGUAACCAGCAUGGCGGCCCCCUCCUGGAGUUGCCUGAGUUUAGAUGAAGAGACGGAGGAGGGUGAAGGGAGCACAGAGGACGGCAGGAAGCAUGAAGAAGGAGGUCUCAGCUUCCUCCUCAAACAGGAAGACAUGGAGAGCCAGGACAAUUACAUCUGCCUCUAUAACCGCCUGGACAUAUUAGUGCGAGAGAUGAAGCAAUACGUGGCCCAGAUAGAUGUACUUCUGUCAUCGAUAACUGGACCGACCCAGCCGCAGGGCUCAGAGCCACCCUCGUUUGAGAGUGCCCCCCCAACCUCCCCCACACAGGAGGAGACAGACCAAGACAAGGUAGAGCAUGGCGGGAACAAGAGAGUGUGCUUCAAAGUCAACGAAGAUGAUCAGGAGGACUCUGGACACGACACCAUGAGCUACAGAGACUCCUACAGUGAAUGUAACAGUAACCGGGACUCCGUGCUGUCAUACACCAGCGUCCGGAGCAACAGUUCUUACCUGGGCAGUGAUGAGAUGGGCUCAGGAGAUGAGUUGCCAUGUGAUAUGCAGAUUCCUUUAGACAAGCAGGAUAAACUUCACGGAUGUCUGGAACACCUUUUCAAUCAGGUUGACUCUAUCAACAGUCUCCUGAAGGGCCCUAUCAUGAGCAAAGCUUGCGAGGAAACCAAGCAUUUCCACACUGACCACAGUCAGCCAGAUGACUGGACUGCACGUUGGCGAUAUGUCUUGCUCAAGAACAUCCAGGAGGACCCUUGGAACCUUCCCAUUUCAGUCAAAUCUUUGAUUAACAGCCUUCAUCGCUUUGUAGAGGAUGGAAGGAGUCAGCUCUUGUUGGCAUUGCUUAAAUGCACUGACACAAAACUCCAGUUGCGGCGGGAUGUCAUAUUCUGCCAGUCUUUGGUAGGGGCACUGUGUGCACUGGCGGAGCAACUUGUGAACGCGCUGAACCUGCGUUUCAACAAUAAUGGAGAGUAUGAGGAGGACAGUAAAGAGGUCAGCCGUAAAUGGCUUGAGCAGAUCGCCGCCAUCGGAGUGCUCUUUAACUUCCAGUCAGCACUCUCUCCACAUGUGAGAGAAGAGCGAAUCAUGCUUGAAGAUACAAAAGCAGCACUGCAGGAUCUGGAGAAAGUCACUGUGCUGUUCCGCCCACUGGAGAACGAGUGCCUCGUCCCAAACACAUCUGUGCAUUACCAGGUGGAAGGCAGUCGGCAGACCAUUAGGGUGACAAUGUUCUUGGACAGCUGUCAUUUCAAUGAGCUGCCAACAAGACUGAAGAACGGAGGCUCUUUGAAGCUUCAAUCCGUCCUUUUUACUAGAGGGCUGGAGAAGCCAGAGGGUGUGUUGUCUCAGGAUUUUGUUGCCAUGGAAGAGUUUCAGCAGCAAACAAAUGCUCUGUCACUGGAGAAGGUCAAAGCUUAUUACCGCAAACUCAGGGCUUUUUAUCUGGAGAAAUCAAAUUCAGAUUCAAAUUCCACUGCAAUGAAAAUAGACCAGCUCCUUCGGCCGCUUAACACCUUGGAUGACCUCUGUCGGCUCAUGCAGUCGUAUAUAAAUGUAAAACCCAGCUCUGCGGGUCAGCCCUCUGGAGUCAGUGUUCUUGUGGUGUCCUCCGAACUCUGCAACCGGCUGGGAGCCUGUCACAUCACCAUGUGUGCCACUGGGAUGCAGAGGUGUACUCUGACUGUGUCAUUGGAGCAGGCCAUUACUCUAGCCAGAAACCACAGCCUCAUGCCCCGUUGCCUAAUGCAGACCAUGGACAUCAUGCGUAAGCAGGGCACCAGAGUGGAGAUUUCGGCCAAAAAUCUCCGAGUGAUGGACCAGAUGCCACCUUGUGCUCCCAGGCUCUUCAGGUUGUGUUUACCCCCCUCUGAUGGAGAUCUUUGAAUGAGGAGACAUCCUUCUCUCAGGCCUUCUAGAUGCUGGGAGAUAUCAAGACUGGCUUAUCAUUUUGAGACCAUGCCUCAGCACAUCUCAACUCCCGGCCAGCCUCAUCCAGAGAGGUCAGGCUGAGGUCAACACGACAAGGAAUGAGAACCGUCUGGCAACCUUUGUCUCCUGCUCUGGCAGCUGAGAAAAUUGCUAAUGCUAACGAUGCUAAUCUUGACUAGCAGUGUCUGCCCACAUUGCUAUAUUGUUUGGUCUCCUAAUGGAUCUGGACUGGCAUGUGAACAGCUAAAUCUAGCUGUAAAAGGCUGUUUUAUCUCUUCCUUUCGCCUCUGACUGCAAUCUUGCGUCAGCAAGUAGGGUGGUGACGUUAAGUUCAGAUAUGUGGUGAUUAUGUGCAAUUACUGUAGCUUUGCAUGAGUGUGUCUGCACUGUGUCUUGGGAGGUGGUGCCCUCAGAGAGCUGUUGCGAAUCUCUAACUCAAUCAGGUAUUGUGAAAGUACUGAAAUCAUUCCAGCCUACAUGGACCAGUUUCAAAAUCGUAAUUCUUCUCUGUCAUUGUUUAAAAUAAGUUUGAUUCUGUUGAACAACACAAUUUUGUGAAGUUCCAUUAACGGCGCAUUUUAAGGAUAACAGGGGAAACAAACGUAGGCCUGCAUACAAAUUACAAGAUUUCACUGCAGGAAAAAAUACAAUAAUGUCUGCUCGUCGCUGGUGUAUAGCACUUUUUAAACAUGAAUCAAUGCUGUGUUACAGUGCGUGACUGUUCUUGGAAACUGCUUUAUGUGGCUGUUUGGAAAAGCACAAUGAAAAAUGCUUGUGUUCGUCAGUGUUUAUUAAACACUGUACAUUAGAAGACAGAGAAACGCAAAGGGAUCAUGUGAAGAAUUAAUAGAUAUAGUAGGAUUUUAUUGAAAUUUUGUAUUUAGGUAAAUAUAUGUAUUUGUCAGAGGGAUGCGUUUACUAUUUGGUAACAGCAGUGCUAUAAUUUAAAGAGUAUUAAUAAUGUUAAAACAUAAUAUUGUACGUCUUUCAUUUUGUAUACUUAUUGUAUAUUUGGAUAGGAAACUUUAAUGUGUUUUUACACAAUGUGUUCGAUAUUUAAAUUUAUAACAUCAGCUGUGUGGUCAGUAACCGAGAAGGCAUGGAAAUUUAAGUAUUCCUGGAUUAGUUUGGACUAGUUAAGCUAGUAUGUACAGUAUGUGACAGCUUUUGUAACAUGCAAAGUCUGCAUUUCAUAUAUAUAUAUAUAUAUAUAUAUAUAUAUAAUGUAUAUAUGUGUGUGUGUGUGUGUGUGUUACCUUUAGUAGUUCUAACCAUUUUUGCUAAAAUUAAAUUUUAGUGAAGCAAAGAUUUGAGUAAAUAAGUUAACUUUAGUGACAAUAAUGCAACAGAGCAUCAUGGCUUAAUGAAGUCUUUAUAAAAUCUUAAUAAGAUGUUCAUCAUGUUUGUAUUGUAGGUAAUAACUAGUCACUGUCUUCUGUUACAUAUCAGCAUGGAAGUUAGACUCUGCAACUUAAGAGCAUGUUGUAAUGAUGAUAAAAUAUUUUAAAUAAUACUUGAAUUUUGGAAAAUACAGUUUUUUUCCCUCCUCAUAUCUAUCCAAAUUGAAGCCUAGUACUGGUAAAAUGCUGAUUUAUUUUUAAUUGGAUUUUAACAUUUUAUUUGGUCCUCAAAGCAAAUGAUUUUUAAACUGGUGUAAAACAAGUAUUUUUAAUCCACAGAAUCUGUGCAGUGUGAUUAUUGUAUGUUUUGCAGGUCCUUUUUGUUGCAUGUUAUUUUGCUUUAUAAUGUCCACAUGAAACCUAUCAUUUCUGUAUGAUAGACCUGAUAAUAGUAAAACCCAAAGACGUAGCAUUAGCAUUAGCAUGUUCCUAUCACUGUAUAUUAAAAUCUCAGGUUUCUGCACCAUCUCAGUCCAUUAUUGUGCAAUUAGCUUUCCCUUUCAAAAGUUAUGACAGCAUAAUUUAACAUCAUUAAUCAGUCAGCUGAAACAUGUUAUGCAUGUAUUAAAAUGUCUUUUUUUAA